CUCCCUCUCUUCCUCUCUCUCACUCAAGCUCUCUCACACACUCCCUAAGUACAAAGGGGAGGAUUUUGCUUCCUUUAAUUAAUAACCUGUGGAAUUCAGAAAUUCAAGGCUGUCUGUAGUAAAAACACACGCCAAGUAGAGCUUGGCUUCUUUUUCCUCAUUCUCUCUUGCAGAUAUUUCAGACGUUUUUUGAAUUCACCAGGUGGAAAAACUAUGGCUGAUCAAAUGUCUUCAGAUUACUUCAGCUGCCCUCUAUGUACAGAGCUCCUGAGGGACCCAGUGGCGAUCCCGUGCGGUCACAGCUUCUGCAUGGACUGUAUAAGCGGCUAUUGGAAUGAGGCAGAUUACACUGGGAUCUACGUCUGUCCCCAGUGUCGGAUCACAUUCACCCAGAGACCUGUGCUCAGGCCAAACGCUACUCUCACCAAAGUUGCUGAGAAAAUCAAGAAAACUGGCUUAAACCUCAAUUUGAUGCCUCCCAGUAAUGGAAGCUUUGCUGGCCCUGGGGAUGUUCCUUGCGACUACUGUACUGGCAAAAAGCUCAAGGCUGUCAAGUCCUGCCUCAACUGCCUUGCCUCUUACUGCGAAAAACACCUGAAACCCCACUACGAGUCAGCCACCUUCAAGAGGCACAAGCUGGUGGAUGAACUUGGGAACCUGGACCGUAAGAUCUGCCCUCAGCACCAGAAGAGCCUGGAGUUGUUCUGUCGCACAGACCAGAUGUGUAUUUGUGCUAUCUGUACUGUCAGUGAGCACAAGGGGCAUGAUAUUAUCUCAGCCGAAGCAGAAAGAGGGGAAAAACAGAAACUUCUUGGAGUGUCUCAGGCUGAGAUCAGACAGAAAUUCCAGCAGAGGACCAAAGAACUGGAGGAACUAAAGACAGCUGUAGAUUCUCUGAAAAGCUCUGCACAAAGAACAAUGGCCGAAAGCAAGAAGAUGUUUGAUGAGAUGAUCACCUCCAUUGAGAGGAUGAGAUCAGAGGUCACCAAACUGAUCAAUAUCAAUGAGAGGGCUGCAUUCAGUCAGGCAGAGGGGCUGAUGGAGCGACUGGAGCAAGAGAUUGAUGAGCUGAAAAAGAAAGAAACUGGUCUCAAACAACUCUACAGCACUGAGGACCACAUCCACUUCUUACAGAAUUUUAAUUAUCUCUGCACCCCAACUGAUGAUGGCUUCAUACCUAGAGUGUCUCUGAAUCCUGAUUUCUCCUUCAGUGCAGCCAGGAAAGCUGUGGCUCAGAUCAAAGAGAAGCUGGAGGAGCUGGGCAGAGAGGAACUGCGAAAGGUCACAAAAUCAGUGAAUGAAGUACCCGUGUACACUCUGGAGAAACGCACAAAGGAGAAAAGCACCAGAGUAAAAGAAGUCUAUACAGUGGACAGUGCACCACCUGCAGAACCCAAAAACAGAUCUGAAUUCCUGAAAUACUACUGUCAGCUCAAACUAGACACCCACACCGCGCAUAAGGAGCUGUACAUGUCGGAAGGAAACAAGAAAGUGAUUAGAACACGAGACCUGCAGCCAUAUUCUGAUAAUCAAGAGCGCUUUGACAGCUUUGCUCAGGUACUGUGUCGUGAGGCACUGUCAGGUGGCCGCUUCUACUGGGAAAUCGAGUGGAGUGGGGAAUUCUCAAUUGGAGUGGCCUAUCGGGGCAUUAGCCGUAAGGGUAAAGGUUCCCUGUGCUUGUUGGGCUACAACAAUAAGUCUUGGAGCCUCCUCUGCUCUGACUCAGGGUAUUCAGCCUGGCACGACAGAGUAGACAAGGCUGUUAAUGGCCCUCACUCUUCAAGGAUAGGGGUCUAUCUGGACCAUCCUGCAGGGGUGUUAGCCUUCUAUAGCAUUAGUGAGACUAUGACAUGUCUGUAUCGUUUUGAGACCACAUUUACUGAGCCCCUAUAUCCUGGGUUCGGGGUUGGAACAUCAGUCAAGAUCUGCCAAUUAAAAUAAGCACUUAUUAAGAAGUACGAAUUUCACGAAGGGUCCGAAAUAAAGGACAGAUAUUUUUGUUGUUUGAUCUAUUAUUAGAUUUUUUUUUUACUCUGUAUUUUAAGUUUGAUGACAUGUGCUUUUAUUUUAACAAUUUAACAGGUUUUGGAGGAAUUAUAUCACUUUUCAGUAACGAUUCUGUCUUCAACUAUAUAAUUUCCUCUAGACGCAUAAACAAAAAAAAAAUCUUUAAAAUGCCAAGAUCUGCUUUUUUUUAUUAAUUUAUCUUGAAUCCUGAACAUUGUGUGUAUCCAAAAUCAUGAGCUUUGCUCCUUGCCAUUGUAAAAGCAACAUUUUCAGCAAUGACCACUUCAUGUCAAUAAAGUUUUAAAGUUGUAAUA